AUUGUCACUACAACUUUGAUAAAUUUUGCUUCACAAUAUUCAAUAGCUGAUAUCAUCGUACAUUCAAUUCGUGUUUCAGCUCAAACAUUGGUAACAAAAGUGGUAAACAGGUCAUGGAAGCUGAAACGAGCUGGGUUCUUGACUCACUCGUUGGCUUCCUUCAAGGGCCAAUCUGGAAUAUUCCGAUUAAUAGUUUCAUCGAGCAGCGUUCAAUAGUUUUUGAGCCUGAAUACGACGAGGAAAAAUACAAGGAAACCAAAGAUGAAAGAGAAGCUGAAUAUCGUAAAAUUUUUGAGGAAUAUGGUAUUCUAGUUGAUCGAUUAUUGAGUGCCCAUAUGGAGGAUCUUUCAAUUACAUUGGAACAAUUUGAAGAAGCUUGUCAUAAUGCAAAAGGAAGUUUAGGAGCAAAAUUUCAACAAACAUUAUUUGAACAAAUCUGGGCUGCUAAUGAUUAUGAUAUAUUUCGAGCCUUGAUGGUUAAACGUAACAUUGAGCUCAACUUACAAGCCAUGAAUAUACUGACAACCUCUUUGAGUCACCUGAGCUCCGAUGAUGCUGCAAAAACAAUAAGUUUUCUUAUCGACGAUGAUUCACUGUUGGAACAGGUAAUGAAAUUAUCACUGGAGGAAGCUCGAGAAGAACAGGAUGCAUUGGAUGAGACAGUUAAAGAGGAUGUGCUUCGCAUUGCUAUAGAAGAGAAAGAUCGAUUGGAAGCUGAGAGAGCAAAAGAACAGAUCAAAUUGGAUCGAGCAUUGAAAAGAGUAAUGAAUGGCAACACGGCUGAACUUGCAGAGGAUCUAGAUAAACCAGCUGAGGGGCAAUCUGGUAAAAACAAUGAAGAUGACGAUGAUGGAGUUGAAAAUAAUCUUGAUGUAAAAGUGAAAAAUCAAAGUGUAAACAGGGCUGGUUAUAAAUCGCUAAAGACUGAAGAUGAUGAAGAUGAAAGGAAACAAAACGAACUCGCAAACGAAGGUGAAGAUGAAGAGAUUGAUGAUAUAAAAGAAGCUCUGCUUAAGCCAAAAGGACCAACCAUCAAUCCAGAAGAGAUUAAAGCUCGCCAAGAGUAUUUGAGACGUCGAAGAGAUAAAAUUAUUGAGACCAAAAGGAAAGAACGACAACGACAGGUAGAACAGUUGGAAGAAACUGAAAUCAAAGAGAAAAGACCCAAAUCGGCAAAAGCAGUUAAAAGUGUUUUAAGGGAAGUUGAAGAUGAUGUGACAGAAGAGGAUAAAGGGUUGAGUUUUCGUCGCUCACUUGCAGCCAAGUUGAAAGCUGAAGUAAUUGAGAAGAAGAAAUGAUCUAUGACAGUUCAAAUGCAUACCAUCAGGUCAUUAAAGUAAGCAACUGUACUUCUGAUUUUAUUCAUAAUUUUGGUUUAAUAAAAAAUCUUUCCAGUAUUUAA